AUGUUGAUUAAACCAAUUGUGGACAUAAGAAAUCCUCGUCAUAUGCUUGAAGAUGAAGAUGUUGAAGAUGCAAAACCUCAUCCCAUUCCAAUUAUUUCUAUUGACUUAACAAUUGAUACUAUUGACAAUAUGAUCAUCAUUCCAAAAACGUUAAGUAUAUUACAAGAUCAAUUACCCGAUAUGAAACCGAUAGGAUCUGUUAAAAUAGAUUAUCCUGAAUUAUAUCAACCUUUGACUACUGAAGAAUCAAUUGAAAAAGAAGAAGAAGAAUAUGAUGAGGACGUACAGUUAUAUAAUGCAAUUGCUGCCCAGAGACUAAAGACUAGAUAUCCAGUGACUGGGAUUCCAAUACUAGCAAAUGGAACUACUAUUUCAUUGACAAUUCCUCAUUUUGUCAAUACAAUCACUUAUAAUAUAUUAGCAAGGGCAUUGGUUAAGAAAUUUAAACCAAAUCAGACAUGGAUUGUUUUAUCUCCAUGUAGUAUGAAUAAUAAUCAAUCCAUAAAUAGAUUAGUGAUUGGUCAAGGAGUCGAACAAAUAUAUUUGCCUCCGCUCGUUGAAUCUAUUCCGAUUUUGAAACCUCCACAUACUAUUACUGGUAUUUCCGCAGCUAUUAUUUCUCAAUUGAAUAUCAUGAAUGAAUCUAGAGUGGUUGGGUUGGUUUUAAAUUCGGAAGGUCAACCAGGAUUCGAAAAGUCGGAUAAUGAUGCAAUCAUUGAUGCUUGUUUCGUUAUUGGUAAUAUAUUGAAUAUAGAUGAUAAGGAAUACAUGACUAGAGUAAGUUCAAGUGUUAGAAAAUUUAAUGGAUACUCUAAUUCCGGGAUGUAUAUAUAG